AUGGAAACGACGGUGCUUCAAAAUAAAAUCAGUCGGCUGUUGUCGACAAGUUACACGGAUGGCGGAACACGUGACGCGCUGGUUGCUCUCGACGACCGUAUUACCGACAACACCGCCUCAAUUCGACGAUCUUUGCGUGCCAACACUGAAGCUGAGGUGAUCAAAGCCAAUGGAGAAGCCCUCAAGAAGUUUGCGCCGCUCGUAGCACAGAUCCAGGCCAGUGGCAACACCAUUGCUGACCUGAACCACAAGUUUACGCUCAUGCAGCAGCUGGUGAACACAUGUAAGAAUGACACUCGACAUGUGGUCUCGGAGGGAUCGGAACUCAUGGCACAGCAGGAGAACAUUUCCAAGAAGCGAGACUUGCUCAAAAGAUACACUGAUGCAUUUGUUCUGACGGAACGCGAGAUGGAUAUUUUGAAGGGCAACGAUGAGGUUCCCUUUGAGACGUUCAAACAGGUGUUCAUCAAGGCCCAGAAGAUCCACAAGGACUCGGAGAUCCUGCUAGCCAACGACGACACGCGGGCCGGCCAAAUCACAAUGUACAAGGCCAACCAGGCUCUUGAAAACGCAAAUAACACGUUGAUUCGAGACACCGAAACGUCUCUCAUUAAUUACGCACAGUUGGGAGAGACAGACAACUUCAAGCAAGACCCUCAGCUAAGGGAACGACUGUCUUUGCUCAAUGACGUCAACCGAGCAAAGACCCUGGGCCAGUUUACAGAGACUAGACGACGACAACUACUCAAAUCUUUCACCUCGGCACUUACAGAGAACUCACAGAAGAACGGAACAAAGGCCCUCGACUUUUACGCCUACGACUGCCAGAGAUACAUUGGAGAUAUUCUCGCUUGGGUUUAUUCUUGUGUCGUUCUGGAGACUGAAAACACAUCUAUUCUGAUUGGACAGAACGAUUCUGAGCUCGUGGAUAACUGCACCCAGAGUCUGUGUUCACCCCUGCGACUCAGAGUGGAGAGAGCAGUCGCAUCACAAACACGAGGACCGCAAAUAUUCAAGAUUGCUGGUCUCGUGGAGUUCUACAAGUCAAUGCUAUCCAAGCAUCUGCCAAACUCGCAGCUGGUAGAUACACUAACCCAACUGACGGCGUUCUGCAACACCCACUUCACCAAAACCUGCGAGUCGCGUGUUCGAAACGUUUCUGUGUCUCUUCCCACAACCCUUUCUAGUGAUUUGCAACCGCCGGAGUUCCUCACCCAGACGCUUGUUGAUCUCAAGGAGAUUCUGGAGGCCAACCAGCAGUAUUCUUUGGACGAGCAGGUUGUUCGAAAACACAUUGACAAUUCCCUCGAUCCCUACAUGGAGUUUUGUCGUCGAGUUGCCUCUGAUGGAGCUGAUUUUGAUGCUGAAAUCUUUCUGCUCAACUGUUUGGACCAGAUCAUCAUCACUCUUAAACUAUAUUCUGCUUCCGAAUACAAGGUGGACUCGUUCCAGUCUUCUGUGGAUGAGAUUGAGCAGGUGUUAACUGAAAGACUGUUCCACAAGUUUGUCAAGCAGGUUGGACUUGGUGAGGACCUUGAGCCUGCUCACCUGUCAGAGAUUUCGUUCCAGCUGGAUGACUUCCUGCCGUCGGCGCUCACUGAUUUGCAUUCCAUGCUGUUCCGCAUCUCCUCACCUGUUAUUGUGGACAACAUUGCUCGAAACUCGACCAAGAAGUUUGUAGAGGAGUUCUCUAAGCUGGAGGGCAAGGUCAAGGACACGUACAAGGUUGAGAGCGACUACCGACAAUUCUUUCCUCGAACUACCGAGGAUGUCGAGCUGCUGUUGGGUCUGAGGAGUUAG